UGGUAUUUAAGUCGGUGUGACGCCUACAGUCAGCCACUUCUGUCUUAGGAAUCACACAGAGUCAUGAAUACCUUUGUUCUGCUGCUGGCAUCAAUCGCCCUGGUCGGCUCGGCCGUGGGUGACCUCCACAACUGUUGGUGCGGGAUGUUUAUUGAGUUGGACGAAGAGGUUCACAUGGUGUACAGCCUCGAUUCCGCCACGGUCAACUCCUGCGACGACGUGUCCACCUGCAAGACCACCUGUGCUAGCGAGUUCAACACGUACACGGCUGGAGGGGAUCUGAACCACGUCCUGGGCGACGGAUACUCUGUAGGACAAGAAAUCUGCCUAAGGAUGGUCGAGCGCCACGGUAUUCAUAACAUCUACCACGCCACCGUCUACGGAUACGGCAACGUGUGCAACGGCCCUUGGGUCUAUGAUGGCGUCUCAAGCAUCAAUUCCCUCUGCUGCCACAAAGGUUUCUACAGGCCAUGCGAAUAGUGUGACCUGAAGGACUCGACCGUCUACAAUUCUUACCUGACCACCACCACCGUCAGUCAGUCACGCCAGAAAUUUCGUUGACAGCUCAUUCUCAACUCUAUCAAGACUACGACUGUGACCUAAUCAUGACCCCUUAUUCUUCCUGUUACAAGUGAUCGACCAUAAAGUUGUUUUAUUAA